AGGGAGCCGAGGGAGAGCCAAGACGGGUCGUCCCGGAGAUGGACGACCGAAUGUCGCCCAAGGCCGACGUGGCCGAGCUGGAGCUGGCCGCCGUGAUCGGCUUCAAUGGACAUGUGCCCACCGGCCUCAAGUGCCACCCCGACCAGGAGCACCUGAUUUAUCCCCUGGGUUGCACCAUCCUCAUUCAGGCCAUAAACACCCAUGAGCAGAAUUUCCUGCACGGCCAUGGUAACAAUGUCUCCUGUUUGACCAUCUCCAAGAACGGGAAUUACAUCGCCUCGGGACAGGUCACGUUCAUGGGGUUCAAGGCAGAUAUCAUCUUGUGGGAUUAUAAGAAAAGGGAGCUGAUUGCCCGGCUGUCGCUUCACAAGGGCAAAAUCGAAGCCCUGGCCUUCUCACCCAACGACUUGUACUUGGUGUCACUAGGAGGCCCAGACGAUGGAAGCGUGGUGGUAUGGAGCACAGCCAAGAGAGAGGCCAUCUGCGGCAGCCCCGCGGCCGGCCUCAACGUCGGCAACGCCACCACUGUGGUCUUCUCCAGGUGCCGGGACGAGAUGUUCGUCACUGCUGGCAAUGGGACAAUUCGAGUAUGGGAACUGGAUCUUCCAAACAGAAAAAUCUGGCCAACUGAGUGCCAGACAGGACAGAUGAAAAGGGUGGUCGUCAGCAUUGCCAUGGCUGACGACGACAGCUUUUUCUACCUUGGCACCAUGACUGGAGAUAUCCUAAAAAUGAACCCCAGGACCAAACUGCUGGCCGACACUGGACCCGUGAAGGACAAGUAUAGUCUGGGCGUGUCGGCCAUCAGGUGCCUGAAGAUGGGGGGUUUGUUGGUGGGCUCUGGAGCCGGAUUGCUGAUGUUCUGCAAAAGCCCGAGCUACAAACCCAUCAAGAAAAUUCAGCUACAAGGUGGCGUCACCUCUAUCACACUUCGAGGCGAAGGACACCAGUUUUUUGUAGGAACAGAACAGUCACACAUUUACCGUGUCAACUUCACAGAUUUCAAAGAGACUCUGAUCACAACGUGUCACUUUGAAGCUGUCCAGGACAUUGUCUUCCCAUUCGGCACUUCUGAGCUCUUUGCCACCUGUGCUAAGAAAGACAUCCGGGUGUGGCACACGCUGUCCAACCGGGAGCUGCUGCGGAUCACCGUGCCCAACAUGACCUGCCACGGCAUCGAGUUCAUGAGAGACGGCAAGAGCCUCAUUUCAGCGUGGAACGAUGGUAGAAUCCGAGCCUUCGCCCCCGAGACCGGCCGACUGAUGUACGUCAUUAACAGUGCUCACAGGAUCGGAGUGACGGCCAUCGCCACCACCAGUGACUGUAAAAGGGUCAUCAGUGGCGGUGGGGAAGGGGAGGUGAGGGUGUGGAAGAUCAGCAGCCAGUCCCAGCAGCUGGAGGAGGCCCUGAAGGAGCACAAGUCCUCUGUGUCCUGCAUCAGGGUGAAGAAGAACAACGAGGAGUGUGUCACCGCCAGCACCGACGGCACGUGCAUCAUCUGGGACCUGAUACGCCUUAGGAGGAAUCAGAUGAUCCUGGCCAACACCCUCUUCCAGUGCGUCUGCUACCACCCUGAAGAGUUCCAGAUCAUCACCAGUGGAACAGACAGGAAGAUCGCAUACUGGGAAGUCUUUGACGGGACGGUGAUCCGAGAGCUGGAAGGCUCCAUGUCCGGGUCCGUAAACGGGAUGGAUAUCACACAGGAAGGCCUGCACUUUGUCACAGGUGGAAACGACCAUCUGGUCAAAGUUUGGGAUUACAACGAGGGCGAGGUGACUCACGUAGGGGUGGGACACAGUGGCAACAUCACACGGAUCCGGAUAAGUCCGGGCAACCAGUACAUCGUCAGCGUCAGCGCGGACGGCGCCAUCCUGCGCUGGAAGUACCCAUACUCCUCGUGAGGCCACCGGGGCCUGCCCGGGACUGGGCCCCACCUUGAUUUCUCCCACCUCUGUUUUUGUCCUUUACUCUGCAUACUGUAUCUCUAAGUUUCCCUCUCUUCCUCUAUAGAGUUGCAAUUUACAUUCUUAAGCUAUACGUUAACAUUGAAAUAGGUUCCAGGAGUGAUUAAAAUGGUUUUGUGAAUU